GCGAAGAGAGAGAAUCUUUUGGUUACGACGGAAUGAACCAAUCGAACGUUAGACUUUUCCUACCAACGCUAAGAAUAUAGUAGAUAAAUUGGUUAAACUGCAGUGUCGCGUAUCGUUCAAUCUGGCGAUCUGUCAAUUACUCCUAACGAAGAAACAGCUGAUCCUUAUGAUCGAGAUAUUGAUAGAUUUGGUCCUGUCAAGAGAAAUUACAUGUGAUACUUGCAAAGUAAAUAACCGUACAUUUUCUUACUAGUACUCCUCGUAUUUUUUUUUACGAAUGAUAGCGUAGGAGCAUUAUGGUAUACGCAAUGACUUUUAUCCUAUCCCAAAAAAAUGAAUGCAACUCUAUGGUGUUACUGGUUGCAAGUAUCAACUAUUUUUAUUUAAAAAGUGCAUCACAUUAAUGCAACAAUAAUAUGCUAAGGUCAAAAGACUCUGAGAGCGACGGUGUUACAACUAAUACCGUAAGAGUCCAAGAAAGUUGUAGAAGUAAAAAAGGUGAAAAGGGUCAUGAGGAAAGUAGCGGAUGCAUUUUGAAAAACGCUUUACUGUCGAUACAAUCCGACGAAGAAGAUUUCUUGGAUAAAGAAGCAUCCAAGGUCUUACUUCUUCAAAAAGGAUCCGAUGUUGACGGUGAGUCUGCAACUAGUUCUUGGAACAAUGUAAACACAGACUCGUCUGUGUCAUAUGUAACUUCUAUUCCAAAUGGAAAAGAAUUUGUCAUUUUAACUGGUCUCGAGCAAGUCAAUGAUAAAGCUGUGACUACAACCAAGGGGUUGAAGCUUUAUGAUAGUUUGAUCCCUUUUGAAAAAAAUUCUAAAAUUCAACAUAGUUCAAAACAGCACAAUAAGAUUAUACUGUUGGGUGAAUUUGUGUCAGAACAAGAGGCAAUAAUUGGUAUUAAGAACGGGGAACAAACAGAAACUACGAAAGAAGUAAAAGAAAGUAUGGAACAGAUUAAUUAUAAUAGCAAGACGUUUGAUAGUAGUCAGUUUGAGAAAAAUGAGGCCGAUCUUAAAGAAGGUAACAAUUGGUUGAAGAGUUUCCGACCUCUUCCCCUUUAUUAUACUGAACGAGGUAAGCCUUAUUUGAAAUGUCCAGCCUGUGGUGCUAUGUUUUUUACCUCGACCUCUUUUCAAAAACAUCUUUUCACGCAUAUGUAUAAGGAAAGAGAGACAUAUACUUGCUCGUUUUGCGAAUAUACUAAUGAGGAACCUGGUAUGUUGUUCGCCCAUUUGUCCAAGCACCAAGAUCAAUGCGAAUAUUGCAAUGAAAAUAUAAUGCGAAAAAGUAAUUUUGAAAAACACUGGGGUAUUUGCUCUUUAAGUUUUAGUAUAAAGAGAGAUCGUAGAGGAAGAUUCGUAUGUACAAUGUGUAAACUAGUGUUUGAUUUAUUGCCUCAAUUAGAAAAACAUUGGUUUAAACAUGCUUGCAAAAAAAGGCGGACUUACCAGUGUAAGGAAUGCGGAGGAUUGUAUGGGAACAAAACAAUAUUGCAAAAUCAUAAGUGUUUAAAGUGUCCCGUCUGUGGUGAAGUUUACGAUAGUUUACAUAGAUUAAAGGCACAUACGAUGUGGAUGAAGCAUCAUUUGAAGUGCCUCAUUUGUUCCUAUGAAUUUGUUCUCGCUAUGGAUCAUGAAAAACAUUUGGCUAUGCAUAGACAAGCUUAUUUACCUAUGAAAGAACACGCUCAUUGUUUGGAGGCAGCCGACGGGAAAUCAUAUCAAUGCGAUCUUUGCGACAAAAUAUUUUAUGCUUUAACACGACUGAUAUUACACGUAAAGGAAGAUCAUGGAAUAGAGGAUGUUAAAAGAGAAGCUAUUAAAGAAGAAAAGGAUGAGAAGGAGCAUAAUGAGGCAAGCAGCAGAUUACAAGUCGGUACAACAGUGUGGACAAGUACUUUGGCUGUGAAUCGCUACUAAUUGCUCCUGCGAACUA